AUGAUUAGCAGUAUCUACACCUUAUACGCCGGUUUCUCCUCCCGGGGGAAAAUUGUUCAGAAUAACUGUUUGGAUGCGCCCGUGUUUGUUGUCACUACACUGAGUCAUGUACAGGCACCACCUUCGCUUGCACAGAUGGCGCCCGAGGACACACAAUCAUUCGUGGAAGACUUGAUGCACACAUACCCGUCUUCGAAGCUCAUUGUGGUUACCUUCAGAGGUGAGGAAAUGGCAGUGGUUGAUAUGCCUCAGCAGCUCCCCCUGCGGCUCUGCUGGGUGACGCUUACCCAGCAUGAGCGUCACACAUUGUGCGUGUCUCCAGAUAGUGAGUUCAGCAGCUCUUGGAUUUUGGAGAUGCAGCAGAUGCCGCAGAGUCUAAAUAGCCCCCAAGAGCUUGUGGCGCACAUGUUCCUCCAUAUGGAUCUUCGCAUGAAACUCGAGACUUUCUGUCAUCUUAGAGCCGAGUGCCGAUGGCUUGAAAAUACGCAUCUUUUCAAGGCCCUGAUGCGGAGCGUCGCUGAUCACUUCUCCACUAGGGGCGCUAGAAAACGUGUUGGGUCUUCAGCAGCAUUUGGUACGCUACAAGUUCUGUCUGCAGCGAGUGUGGGAAGGGGGAUGGAAACAAUGACAUCCUCAUGUGGCCUGUUGGAGGUGGGACUUCGAGUGAGGAGCAUUGAGUUGCACUUGAAUACUGAGGAGGUGCCAGUGAUGACAGACGGUGUAUUGUCAACCAAAGGUCAGAGCAAUACACCUAUGCUAUCCCUCGUUGUGCUACAUGCAUGUGGUAGUGGCAGUACACGUCGGUCAAUGGAUGAAGUGGGGUGGCUGCUCGAUCGGUUAACGGAGAAGGACGUUGUGUGUGUAUCUCUGGCAGGAAAGAUGGUUGUGGAACCCUGUAGUGGCACGACCGCGCGGCAGCAGUGGUGUGAGAAGUGGAACGAGACAUUUAAUGAACGGAAUAAUAAUCCAUAUCCAUUAAAAGAAAUGAUGCCGCUGAUGUGGGAGCAGGCCAAGUAUGUGCUAACGUGCUGGCAUCUACAGAAGCAUCGCGGCAGAGUUCGGGGGACGCCAGGGGACGAUUCUCGUUUCGCUGUUGUGCUCUUCGUCCCAUCUGACUUCCAGGGCGCGGAGGAGUUAUCGAUUUCUUCUAUUCGGCGGCAUCCAGCUUUCUUUCACGUCCCGGUGGUCUGCUUGGUAACGCCUCUGAAGGUGCGCAUGCCGUAUGCGGUGAUGGAGCUGUGCCUGCUGACGCAGGGACGGCUGUUCCACACCACCGGUGUUGAGGCAGACUUUUGUGACGACGUGUCGCAGCAGGCGGCAUGUCAGUCCGUCAUCCGCAAAGCUCUGUGGACCAUCCGUGGCACCACUCACCUUGACGCUGCUGUGUGGAUAGUAGCCAACCACGAAGACGGUAGCCCGAUGCAGCCACUGCUGACCUCGAAGACGUUUGGCAAGACCGCCAUGGCGGUGCGGUGCAGAGGCAUGCAUAAUCGCAGCUGCUCUUGCACGUGCCUUGAAAUAGGACCGAUUGUAAAGGCCACAGAGAUACCAGUUUACAUCGCACGCCGCUUGUGUGGCACAACAGUUGCGGCGUAUACGGGGAUGCGAAUACUAGUGUGUGCCUACAGCGUGGUCAAGGACGCAUACGAGGCGGUGUUGAUCCCGUCGUUAGGUUCCUUCCCAGAACUCUUUCUGUACGAACGUGCGUGGUGGACAAGUCUGCACUUUAGCCGGAUGGUGCUGCGAGAGGUGCAGCCCAAUGGGACGGGGCUCAAUCACUUGCUAUUCCGCUCCUUGGGAUUUGAGGUGGGAAGCAACGGAGAUGAUGAUGAUGAUGAUGAAGAAUGGGGUCCGAACGAGGGGGAUGUGGCAGCUAUAGCACCAUGGAUGGGAAGGAGAGGUGCGAGUGGGUAUCAGAACGACGAAGAGUCCCUCAGCAGCAUGGUUGUGCAGCAAAUAAAGGGAAAUCCACGGCAGGAGCUUCUGUUAGUGGCGUGGAUGCUCUCGCAGUCCACUGCACGCGAAUUCGGAGCGUUGGAAGCAAUUGAGCCUUCUUCCCUUGAUCCAUUGGAUUCCUCCCGCGACAUCCGCGUCCUUCUACAGGGUAAUGAAAGACAGGGGGACAUUCAGAAUGUAAAUGGUAUUACCGGCUCCGAGGUGCCUUCAUUCGUGGACAUCGGCUGGACAAACUUUGCUGUUCAUAACGCAUUAGCCUCUAGUGUAGAAGCAAUUUUGAGUCGCACAUUCCCCCUUACAGCAGAGAGUCUACAACAUCAUGUUUCCUCAACGUUAGCGCUUGUGUCACUGCAUUUUAACUCUGCAGUGAUUCGUCUAGCCUCCGUGAAGUAUGUACAUGUUCUGGCGAGGGCUAGAGCCCGCUACGUCGCACUCUUCAUGGUUGACAUUUCAACAGGGGAGAUGGUGCUGCAGCGUCUCGUACAGGCAGCUACGUUGAGUGAACUUGUUGAAAGCCAGUCAUAUAGGUUCAACGAUCUGCUUUUUAAGCAGCUGUAUUGUGUGGUGCACCUCGCAUUGAGCCAAUCUCCGUCUUUGUGGGUCUCACAAGACGACGUCCUUGUAGCCGAUGGAAUUCCCUUCUCCACACCAUCGGCCUAUGUGCAGGAUAUAAAGGUUGUUUCUGUUACUCAAAAAGCGGUGGAGCUGGAGUGGAGUGGCGAAACAAAUGCUGUAAAGUUGGAAUGUUCUCCCUUACAGUGGGGUACCAUUCAUGGACAGAAUGUGCCCGGGGAGAUGAGGACGCCUGUUGGCCAAGUUGUAGUGCGGGAGGUUGAGGGCUCGCAUAAGUGUAUAGUGGAGGGCCUGAUGCCGUGUACAGCCUACCAUCUGAAAGUGGAGCCGCUAGUGAAUAAGGGCGGGACGACUGCGGGUGGACACGAGUCAGUGCAGGGCGCCGAGUUGUAUUUUGCAACAUGUAUCGAACCUCGAGUGGGCGCUCUUCGCGUGGACUCUGCCGUGCCUUCUGCGUCGAACUUCACUCUUUCAUUGUCGUAUCCAAUCUUUAUCGGGACUGUCAUCGUGUCCUCCUCGCAUGUUCUGGAGCUGCGCAUCACACCCAAUAUCACUACGGAAUGCGCCGUGGAUGAGCAGUGGGACACAAUGCUGCAGCAGCCGGAUGACGCUGGCGAACAGCGUAUCAUCGUAAACUUUGCGGUUAGUUCCUCCAACCGUAUUCGGGUGAAAAUUUCAUUUGACAUGGAGAUGCAUCCGUUUGGCCCGUGCAUAAACGAUGCUUCUUCAAACGGCUUCUCCAUGGGCGGGGUACUACCGCACCUCGAGGUGUUGGGCCCGUUCGAGUUGGUCCGCCACCUGUCCUGCGCGUCAGUGACGCCGGUAACGGCGCGGUUGACGUGGAAGGGUAUCGCCGCAUCGUACACCGUCUCGGUGUUGGUAAAGCGAAGCGACGGGGGAGGCGUGUGCAUUCGUGAGGAGCGCGUGCCAGCCACCGAACCGCUGGAGCUUGCGCUGACCGAUCUGACGCCGUGCACAAUGUACGAAGCGAUAGUGAGGAGCGCCCAUGAGGUGGACGCCGUGGGCGUGGACUUCUUCACACCGCCGUGGCCGCCGUUACUGAAUACAGUUACGGUGCAGUCGAAUAUGGUGUCGCUCCUGUUGCGUGCGCAGUUCAAAAGUGGUGGAGAUGAGAAAAAGUUCACCUCUGUCACGAUGGUGCCGCUGCAGACGGAGAUUGACAACUCGACGGGGGCCGGCAAGGCGGUGGUGAGAAGUUAUGCCCACGUCCCGGCAGGACAACCGCUCAUUGUCAGUCUCGUAAAUCAAUGGAUAAUCAAGGAACACCAAUGCGUGCGUAGUGCGUCAGCCCAGUUGUAUGCAGUAACGGAUCUCCGUUGUUCAUGUGAGUCUGACACGACUGUGAUGUUGACGUGGACGUGCGCUGCCCAACGCCACGGGGUACAUCUGGAGGUGAAACUGAAUGCCGAGUCCCAUGAGCCAGAGGCGAACAACAGACUGCGUGUCAGAAUGACUCCCCUCACCCCUGUUCGUGUCUGUUUUUGUGGACCCGCCAUCAUUGAGGAGGUGUCCCCUAUCUUUCUGCUACCGGGGCCUCCCUCACUGUCGGACACCAAUUGCAAGGUACACGCCAUUGUGGAUGGGGUCAUGCAUUUGCGCAUCAGUGGCACCUAUUGCGAAUCCCUGCGUCACCUCCUCGCCGAUGUCAUGGAGGUGAUGACGGUUCAGCUCUGCACCAGUGGCGGCGCGGAGGUGGAUCUGCCACUAAACACUGACGUCAAAGAGGGUGUAGAGCUGCUCUCUGUGCCAAUUGGAGAUUGCAAGGCUCCAACAAUGACGCUGUGGAUUAAACUGCAGGAGAAGGAGGGGGAGGAUGAGCCUUUGUGUAGUGAGACCGACACGGUGGCGCUGCAGACACGCCCAGCGCUCCUCAUACCGUGGAGUGUCUCUGAGUCGUUUGAGGUUCCAACAUUUUUGCCGUCAGUCGUGGAGAAGCUGCACGUCACUGCGCUGCUACCAAACUCCGCCACGCUGGCGUGGUCGCAGCCCAGCGGUGCGCCGAGUGAUGCAAACGAUGUGGACGGUGUAUAUAUCACGGUUCGGUGUGUAGCGGAGGAGCUUCGCAUUUGCGAGCACAAGAGUUACACCACGUGCCCAACACAUUCCGUUGUCAUUGAGGGACUUCUCCCGGCCACGCCGUACGCUGUUAAGGUCAGCAAGCAUGACGAGGGGUAUGGCGAAAGCGUGCGCCUCGUGACGCCGCAUGACCUCACGGAGGAGAUGCUCCACGAUCUGCUUGCCUCACUUAAGCUCUCCUGGGUGCACACAAACGACAAGGGUGUGAUGGUGCUGGGUCACGCCAACAGCGACAAGGUGGCACACCACAUCUUUUUACAGCUGGCUCUCCCUUCAGUGAAGAGUAGGCUUUUGACAAUAUCCACCCGUUCCGCGUGGUUUGGACGGGCGGUGUGUGAUCACGAAACAGAAUGUCUUUAUGUGGAUGGAACUCUGCGCGUGGCACUUGUUGCAGAGUCGGGAAAACUGCUGCAGCUGUGGAGCAGCGCCAGUGAGCUUCGGUCGCAGGCGUCGGCGUACCUCCCAGUGCCUGGACUCAAAGACACACGAACGCUCUGGCCCCACCUUGAGGUGAAAAUGGUGUCAAGGGUGCGGCACAAGUUGCAGUCACACCCUUUGCUGCUGCUGCAGCAGCAGCAGAAAGAGGAGGAGGAAAGGGAUGAAUGUUCGAGGAGUGACGUAAACGCGGCCACGGCGAUUACUGUCAGCCCCCAAUCUGACCGCUGCACUGUUGUGGAUCUCGUCGGCUGCCCGUGUCUCUGUGGGAUAGAGGAGGGCCGCUGCGUUGUGCAGUGGCGAGGCUCCUGUGCCGCAUACAUCGUGCGCUGGCGUGUGGGGGCGACGGGGGCGAUCAACACUGAAACAGUAGUCUGGCAGCCGGGCUACCACCCGCAGUUCAGCGUCGACACAAGCGCGUUGGGGGCUGUUGUGCUGCUGUUUUGUGUGCAUAGUGCGGAGAGUAUCUCCAAUUGCAUUUUCUUCGCGGUGCUGGUGCCGCCGAAGCGCCGACAGAUUGCGCUGCGCCGCUGCACCCCGGACGGUCCGCUGGAGGUUUACGUCCCGGAUGCAAGCAACUCGAGUUUUGUCACAAUGAAGUGGCGCGUCGCAGGAACAAAAACAGCACUAACGGCCACAACAACAGACUCACUGCAUGGCGCAAAUGCCGUGAUAUGCAACGUGCGUGUGGCUGAUUCUGACCGAGGCGUGUUGACGAAGGGUUUCACGGAGCUUCUGAUGCUCGGGCAGGGGAGGUCCGGCCAAUCGCCGCCACCGCCACCGCUGUCGCUACCCACCACAAUCGUGUGGCUGAAUCCUGUCGUGGAUGUCUACUUCCCUGCCACCGCGCUGCAGUGGGAAGCGGAGCAGCGCUCUUCUAGGGCCAGAGAUGGACGCAAUGUUCUACAAGCAAUGGCAGCAGAGGAGUGA